GGGCAGACGGAGCAGGAGAAGCAGCGCGUGGAUCUGAUGGAAAACCAGCUCAUGGAUUUCAGGAUGGGCUUCAUCCAGCUCUGCUACAGCCCCGACUUCGAGAAGCUGAAGCCGGGGUACCUGGAGCAGCUUCCCAAGAAGCUCCAGGAGUUCUCGCGCUUCCUGGGCUCCCGGCCCUGGUUCGCGGGGGACAAGCUGACCUUCGUGGACUUCCUGGCCUACGAUGUGCUGGACCAGCACCGCAUGUUUGUGCCCGACAGCCCCGAAUUCCAGGGAAACCUGGGCCGCUUCCUGCAGCGCUUCGAG